AUGAAACGAGAGAAGUCCACUAUGUCACAAUAUAUGUCUCAAGCGCAAGUAUCCAACGAGCCUGAAGCACCAGAUACAUCCGCUUUAAAAGUAUGCUCCGACGACCAGACAAACGUGUUUGUAACAGCUGCGCUUGAUACCGUGGGAAGACUUGUAGAGCUCGAAUUUAAACACACCAUAGUACCGGUAUUCCUUCUCAAAAUUUUAACCCUGUGCAUACCUUUUCAACAGAACCUCAACAAAUUAACGAUACAAUCGUGUCCUAUAAGCGAUAAGGCAAUCUGCGAGAUCUCAACCUUCUUGCCCCAGUCUCAAAUCACAGAAAUCUGCUUCGACGAGUCACCUCUACCAACUUGCAACUACGGCUUACUUCUUGAACGUCAAACUCAAUUAAAAAGCCUAAGUCUUAACCGUUGCUGUAUAGAUGACUCUGAUUGUAGUGAUAUUGUGGCAAAGUUGGCUUACCCAGCACCUAGUUGCCGCUCUCUCACAAUACUAUCUCUAGCAUCAAACUUCAUCACUGACAAAGGAGGACUAGAUAUAUCGUCAAUGCUUCGCACGAACCGUAGCCUGCGCUACCUAAACCUAUCAGGAAACCAUAUAACAGACACGGGAGCUUUCUCCAUCUUCUCUUGCCUGAUGAAGUUUCCCUUGACGCCCGAAGAAAUUAACACGAAACGCGUGCGAAACUUGCAAUAUUUGAAAUCAUAUAGAGAGGUGUACGAAAAAUGUUACAAAGAUAUAAUAACAUCGUUCAAUGAAAAAGCGUUCGACGAUCGCAGUGGGGGCCGAAAGAGAAUUACUCAAAGACGAUCAACGAUCGCAGUGGCGGUCACACCGGGACAUGGAGCUGUUGCGGAUGCAGCUUUUAAAGCAGAAGCGAUGACUAUUGAUAUCAUCGGUCGCAACGACGAUCCAUUCAGCAACAACGACACACAUUACCUGAACGGAUACCUUUAUUGUAACGGUAAUAUGAGCCUAGCAUAUCUCGAUAUGUCCUUCAACAAAAUGAGCCACCUCAGUAUCGUCAAAUUGGUUGAAGUGAUGCGAUACCAGGAAAGCUCUCUUCGUAAAUCAGAGUACGGCUUGAUUCGUGUCGUGAUGGACGGAAACCUGCUGCCGGCCGCUAGUGUCCACCUCGACCAACUGCAAGAACUCAUAGAGCGUGCCACAUUUAGAAGGUUGGAGGGGCCUUUAAAUAAGAGCGAAAAAAAAAUUAAUCGCAAACGAUAA